AUGCUUUUCUCUUUCAAGUUCUGCAUCGCAGGUGCAUUGGUAGGGCUAUUAGCUACAGCCCAGCUCCUGGAUGCCUCAUGCAAGUCAUGGGAAGCUCCUUCUGGAGCCAAGGCAAUAUAUAUCCUGAACAAUGGAGAUUCGAACUCGGUGGCCGCCAUUCCGAUAGCGCACAACGGUACUCUAUUUGGUGGCGUGACAAGAGCCACGGGAGGAAAUGGCGGUAGUACUGUCAAGGCCACAGGCGGUUUCAACGGUCCGGACGCUCUGGGAUCGCAAUCUUCGUUGACUGUUGUGGACAGUGUUUCAAAGACAGAUCCAACCGACUUGAAGCUUGUUAAUAAGCCAAUCGCAGUGCCUGGCCAGUUUCCUGUGACUGUUGCAGCCUCAAGCAAGAACAGUCUGGUGUGUGUAGGUACAACUGGCGCUCAAGCCGGGGUUUCAUGCGCUUCCUAUACACCAGGAGGUUUGGGUAGCAUGAGCCCGCUGACGGUAUUUAGUCUCAAUCAGACAACACCUCCAUCCAGGCCACUAAAUGGCGUUGCACACACCUUUUUCUCCGAUGACGAGGAUCGCCUAAUCACAACAGUAAAAGGCGACCCUACAACUAACAACACUGGCUUUGUCUCUGUGUUACCGGUCGAGAACUUUUACUCUUAUCCAGGUGCCCAUGAUACGCGAAGUUCUCUUAACGGUACAGCUGUACUCUUCGGCGCAGCUGUCAUACCUGGAACUUCCACCUUUUUGGCCACGGACGCUUCUUUCGGUGCGGCAAUUCUCCAGGUCAAUUCAUUUACAAACGAAGUUUUGAUAUCCUCCAAACAAACCAUUCCCGGUCAAAAAGCCACUUGUUGGGCUGCGUAUUCAAAGCAAAGAGGAAGCGUUUUCGUGACCGAUCCACUCGUUAACCGUCUUGUUGAACUGAGUGCACUGGAUUCCCAGGUCAUAACAACAAUUGAUCUCACCAAUGGCGACUCUGGACUGAUUGAUCUCAAAGUUUCCGGUCGCUACGUUUACGCGCUAUCGCCCGGAAAUGGUACCACCCCUGCAGCUGUGACGGUUGUGGACUCAUUUGUAGGAAAACAGAUUCAACAUUUCCUUGUCGGUGGCUUGGGCGCAAGUAAAAGCUCACAGGGGGUGGCAGUAUUGGAAUAG